CUCUUGCUGUUAUGACUGUCAAGCAAUCUCCAGUUCAACGCAUCGACCGGGCCGACGUGGAGGCCAUCAUCCAAGCUAUCAUCAAGGAUGGCUGCUGUAUCAUCAAGGAUUUCACCGAUGCGGCAACUAUAAAGCAGGUCAACGAGGAAGUGCAGCCUUACCUGGAUGCCGACAAGCCCUGGAAGGGUGACCUCUUUCCACCUGAAACACGCCGCUGUGCGAACCUCGCAGGCCGUAGCAAAACUGCCCGGGAGAAAUGGCUGGUCGAUCCGCUCAUUCGUGCUCUGACAGCGAGGUUUGUUGAUAAAACAACCUCCAACUUCUAUGGAGAAACAAAGCACACAUAUACCAGCGAGGCGAUCUGCUCGAUCGCGAUGACAUUUGACAUAGGGCCUGGUGCCAAGGCACAGCGGCUUCAUCGUGACGACAAGAACUUUCAUGUAGAUCAUGAAGACCAGAGCACUACGGGCUAUCGGGUGGGCUCGGAUGUAAUGAUGGCCUUCAUGGUUCCCGGGAUCAAGACAACAGUCGAGAAUGGUGCCACCAUCGCCAUCCCCGGUAGUCACCUGUGGGGAUCCGACCGGGCACCCAAGAUGGACGAGGCCGUCGCGGCGGAGUUGGAUGUGACCGACUGCUGGGUGAUGCUGGGAGGACUGUACCAUGCAGGGGGCGCGAAUGUCACACAAAAUGAGCGACGGGUAGUACAUGGCAUGUUUUUCACGCGCGGAUUCCAUCGACAGGAGGAGAACGUUUAUCUUGCCAACACAGCCGAAGAAGUACUGUCCUGGUCUCCGGAGGCUCAGAAAGUGAUGGGAUACGAGGUAUCCAGUCCCAAUAUUGGGUUUGUGGGCUUCCAGACCCCGCUGCAGUAUUUGCGCGGAGAGGAGGUCGGCGACGCAUUCGGGGACUUUGAUCCUUCCCAGGAGCAGCCUAAAUGAGGCCACGGAUCCCAACUGCGUCGUGUCGUUUCACCGCAGCCAUUAUUACAAGCAGUCUUUCCCCGAAGUGAAGUUAGUCUCCGAUCCAAACCUAAAUGAAGAGAUUUGAAAUUA